AAUAUCAUAUAAGAGAAGUGAAAUCUCCGAGAGAAGUUUUAAUAAAUUAUUAAAAAUUAUCGUGCUUAUUCAUACAGUGUGUAAUGGAAAGAGCUCUUGUUUUUGCUUAUUGCGAUCAUAUUGCGAUUAUUUUUUGUGUGUUUUUCUUACACUCAAUUCGUUUAAUUUAUGUUAUGCAGUGAGCUCCACCUUGUUUGUUUCUAACACAAUUACAUUAUUCAUUCGUUUUGUUGGAUCCGAAUAACUAAGAUGGUUUUUUAAUUUACGAAAAGGAGUGAAGAAAUUCUGUACAUACAUAUUAUCCAUAUGUGAACAAAUAGCUCUUAUUUAUUUAAAAACCUAAAAGCAUUUAAUAAGCAGUAUUGAGGGCUGAACAUCUGCUACGCCAAAAGAUAAGCAGUUCGUUUGAGUUGCAAAUAUUUAAACACGGAGGCGAAAUAUGUACAUGUAUUAGCACAGAUUUUUAUCUGCUGUUUAAGGGCGAGCAUAAUUUGCUGAAUCGUAUCAUACACAUUUAACUACAACGUUGCAAAAUUUAUAAACAGAAUGAUUCAUGUUGGCGAGAAUUCUUGGAAUCUACGGAUUUUUAUAACAGAUUUGCGAAUUGAGAAAACUUUACGAGUACGGGGCGAUCAACACAUUGGUGGUAUUAUGCUGCAACUAGUUGAGCCCGAAAAUCCAAAAGAUUGGUCAGAUCAUGCUCUUUGGUGGCCUGCAAAAAAUGUAUGGUUAACAAGAACCCGAUCAACAUUGGACCAGGUUGGUGUACAAGCGGAUUGUGUACUCCACUUUACUCCAAUGCACAAAACUCUACGAGUUCAAUUGCCGGAUUUACGAUACUUAGACUGUAGGGUGGAUUUCUCUAUAAAAACAUUUGCAUCAAUAGUAAAUUUGUGUAAAGGACUUGAUAUACGAUAUCCCGAAGAACUAUCCUUCUGUAAGCCUAUUGAACCGGAUCAUCUUAAAAAAAAUUUUUCCAAAUUGCCUCAAAAGGCUAUACCAGUAGCAGAUUCCGAUGGAACAACGUAUCUUCAACCAGCCGUUGAUACAAAUUCUUUUAUUCCCAUCAAUUCAUCAUUCAAUGGAAGCAAUGGUAGUCUUGAUAAGCACCAAAACGAAAAUUUAUUGUGUGCUCCAGUAUCCCCUUAUGCUACAACCCCUCGACGUGGUCCAAGUGGAACCGCACCAAGUACGCCUAUCAGCUCUCCAACUGGAACUUGGAAGCAAAGUAACAACGGUUACACAACUAUUGAUUCGUCUUCUAGUCUUGGUGAUAUUCAAGAGAAUUUAGCAUGCUCCCCCAGAUCUCCAAGUCCGGAUGUACGUGCAAGACUUUUACGUCCGCGGACUCUAAUUGAAAAAGCCCGUAUGAAUGUCGGAUGGCUAGAUUCUUCUCUUUCAAUAAUGGAGCAAGGUAUUCGGGAAUAUGAUACCUUAUGUUUGCGUUUUAAGUAUUAUACAUUUUUCGACAUCAACCCAAAAUAUGAUCAAGUGCGAAUAAAUCAACUGUAUGAACAAGCCAAAUGGGCAAUUUUAAAUGAAGAAAUAGAAUGUACUGAAGAGGAAUCCCUAAUGUUUGGAGCUCUACAGUUUCAAAUAAAUUAUCAAGCGGAUUCACAUUCGUCCAAAUUAGAUGUCGUUGAUUCUGGCAAUGGAGAGAAUGGAACAUAUGAUGAUAUUGAUACCGCACUUAAUGAACUGCAAAUAACAUUAGAAGGGCCAAAUGCUACUACAGAAGUUAACAACAUUACAAAAAUUCCAGAACUUUCAGACUAUUUGAAAUUCCUGAAACCUCGAAAAUUUACUCUAAAAGGUUAUAAAAGAUAUUUUUUUGCAUAUCGAGAUCUUCAUCUUCAUUUGUACAAAACCGCUGAUGACUCUCGCCGCGGAGCUCCGGAAAUGACUAUCAACUUGCGUGGAUGCGAAGUAACUCCUGAUGUUAAUUUAGCACAAGGAAAAUUUUCCAUUAAAUUAGAAGUGUCUCCAGAAGGUCAUACCGGACCAAAUAGUGAAGUGUGGAUUCGUUGUGACACAGAGGAACAAUAUGCAAGAUGGAUGGCUGCUUGUCGAUUAGCAUCAAAAGGGCGUUCUCUUGCUGAUAGCUCAUAUGAAAGUGAAGUGGCAAGCAUCCGAUCAUUUCUAAGCAUGCAGAAACCAGUACAAGGCAUUGCUGUUAAUGUAGACCCAAGAAGCAUUGAUGCAAAUGACUACUUAUCUCCGAGAAUGUUACGCAAAGCGUCUGGAAAAGCAGCACAGCGGAUAUUAGAAGCUCAUGCAAAUGUACGUAAGUUGUCAUUGAUAGAAGCAAAACUGAAAUAUAUAGAGGCCUGGCAAUCCUUGCCUGAUUUUGGAGUAACAUUGUUUGUUAUUAAGUUUGAUGGUCAUAAGAAGGAAGAGCUGCUUGGGGUGGCACAUAAUAGAAUCAUGCGGAUGGACCUUAACACUGGUGAUCACAUUAAGACAUGGCGCUACAACACUAUGAAAGCCUGGAAUGUUAACUGGGGAAUAAAAUGUAUGAUGAUACAGUUUCAUGAUGAAACCGUUGUGUUCUCAUGUCAGUCAGCAGAUUGCAAAGUUGUUCAUGAAUUUAUUGGUGGAUAUAUAUUUAUGUCAAUGCGGUCAAAAGAAAACAACCAAACUUUAAAUGAAGAACUUUUCCAUAAACUAACCGGGGGAUGGGCAUAAAAUAAAUAUGCAGGCUUCGUCCAGUAUUUCGUAUGCUUGAUACUCACACGUAACGAAGAUUUAAAAGUCCAUUAGGAAAGGAC